AUGGCGGACAAGGAAAACAUCGAAUUUGCCCAGAGCUCCGACGUGGUGUCCUCCAAAGAGUCCACCCCAAUGUCUCCCGAUACUCCUACCAAGGCUCAGGCCAGUGCUGGCUCCAUCUCUCCGGCAACUAAGCGCACUGGAUUGGCGAGCACCACGGCCACUGCUCGAAGAGCUGGCGUGACUGGCACUGCAACGUCUGCCUCAUCACGGACGUCUACCGGGCCAACAACUGGUGCCCGUCCUAGCGGAGGUCUCAGCAAGCCUCCGACGCGUCCACCUAUGUCGUCGACCACCCCCACAACACGCCGUCCUACCACUGCUACUUCCACUUCGUCGACGCACCGCAGCCGACCAAGCGUGGGCGCCAGCGAGGACGAGAGGAAAUCCGCAUUGACCUCUACCGCUGCCAGGAGAACAAGCACCAUCAUGGCCAGCCCAGGUGGAUCGGCCGACAAGAGAACAGCUACGGGAACUACGGGCCUAGCUCGCAAGUCGGCUACCGCUGCUGCUGGUACCAAAACUUCCACUCUUGGCUCGCGAACGUCAACUUCCGCAGCCACAGGCUCUGCCAGAUCAGCUGCACCUACCACUCGGGCAGGAACAGCUUCCACAACUGCCGCCAAACGCCUCUCAACCGUCGGUAGCACAACUGCCACCGGCCGCAGCUCCUCUUUGGCCAGCCGACCUGCCACUGCCAAAUCCGAUGCUUCUACAAGCGCAAAGGAAAUUGAGGAGCUCAAGGCCAAAUUAGCUGAUGGAGAAUCUCAAAUCGAGACAUUGAAAGCUCACGUUGAAAGCUCUGAAGCUACAAUUGCCGAGCUGCGCGAUCAGCUCCUGAAUGUCCCUGCUACCGCAGCCACGGAUGCCGAGAUGCAAUCUGCUCAGGCGACAACUGCGGACGAGGCAAUGGCUAGCCUCAAGGCUGACCACGAAUCCGCUCUAGCCAACCUGGAGAGCAGGCUCGCUCAGGUCAACGAAAAUCUGCAGGUUGCCCAAGACGAGCUCGAGAAGCACAGAAUCGAUCUCGCUGCAGCUGAAGGUUCCAAGGCUGCCACAGAGUCGGAAAUUGAGGCUUUACAGAAUUCUCUAGAGCAGGCUCGGCUGCAAAACGACGAAAAGGCCAAGGCCAGCGAGAUUGCUUUGCAAAAGGCCCUGGACGACCAUGCCGCCAAGGUUUCUGACCUGGAGACCACCUUGAGCCAGAAGCACAAGCUCGCUAUCGAGGAGCUCGAGUCGAAACACAAGACGAAACUUGAAAACGGUGGGGACGAUGCUGCUUCAACUCAAGAGUCCUACAUAAACGAGCUCAAGAGCAGCCAUGAGGCGGUUGUCGCGGAUUUGCAGACGAAAAUCGAGCAACUGUCGGCCUCGCACGCUGCGUUGGAAGCCGCCAACAGCGACAGUUUGCGGUCCGAGCAAAAGCGCCACAACAGCGAAAUUGCCGCUCUGCAAGGCGAAAUCGCGGGCCUCCAGGCACAAAAUGAUGUUUCGGGCAAAUCAGCGGAAAGCUCAAGCGCACAACUCUUGGAGCUUCAGCGCAGCGUUGCUGAAAAGGAAAAGGAGCUCGCUGCGAUCAAGGAAGACAUGUCGUCCCUUUUGAUCAAGAUUACCGAAGUCCAAACCGACUUGGCUGAUAAGGACACCGAGAUGUCCAGACUCAAGACCAUGCACGAUGAGCGCAUGAGGAAUAUUUCGCAGGAUUACGAAGAUGAGAUUGAAAGCCUUCGAGGCGAUGCUUUCUACAAGCGCAAGUUCGAGGAGCUCACGGGUCAGCACGACGAGCUCAAGACAGCAUCUGAGGAGGCGGCGAAAGCACAGGCUGAAGCACUCACCGCAGCCAAGGCCGAGUAUGCGACUGCCACUGAACGUCUCGAAGCCUUGCAGCAGGAGCACCAGAAGAACCUUGAUGCUCUGCGAGCAAGCCACCUGGGGGAGUUGGAAACCGCCAAAGCUCAUUCCUCGGCCGACAAGGAUGCUCACCAAAGUUUGCUAGACUCUCUCCAGAUCCAGCACGCAGAGGAGCUGGAACGUUUGAAGAGGGAGAGCGACGCUUCCCUCGUCAAGGAAUUGGAAGCGCUCAGGGCCGCUCAUGCUGAGACGGUUCAGACGCUGAAGCAGGAGCAUGCUGACGAGAACAACAAGGUGCAAGCCAUUCACGACGAGGCCCUCACCGCAGCCAAAGCAGCCGGCAACGACGCCCACGCCAGUGAAGUUUCCAGCGUCCGCGCCGAGCUUGAGGCGGUAAAGGAGCAACUCAUGCAAGCCCAGGCGGACAGCGACCUGGCUGCUGAAACUGCCAAAAACGAGCUGCAGGGUCAACACAUUGAAGAGAUGGAAAAGCUCAUCUCAAUGAACGCGGAAGCCAUGGACAAGAUGAUGGCCGACGGACUUGAAGCCAGAAGAGAGCUCGAGGAACUCACUGCUGCUCACUCGAAAUCUAUCGAAGACGCCAUUGCCGCAUACAAGAGCACGUCGUCCAGUCUGGAGGACAGACUUGCUCAGCAGGUGGCUGUCAAUGAGGAUCUCGAUGCAGCUCUGAAGGCCGCCCACGAGGCUCUCUCAAAAGCCCAGGACGAAAUCAAAGAGCUAAGCCAGCACCUUGCGCAGGAGAAGAUGGAGCGCAUGACUGCAUUGGCUGACCUUGACGCAGCCAAGAGUGCGAAGCCUGACACGUCAGAGGCAGAUGCGCUCCGAAAAGAGCUAGCCGAGCUGCGGCAGAAACAGGAAGACGGCGUGGCUGCAUCUGAGCUAUCUCUCAAGGCAAAGGAGGACGAGCUGGAGUCAUGCAAAGCUCGGCUAGCCGACGCUCAAGACAGCUUGUCUGCGAUCAAGGGAGACCUUGAGCUUGCCCAAAUGGAACUCGAGGCUCACAAAUCUGAGGCAGCGGCAAAGCAUAAGACUGCUCAGGCCGACUACAAGGAUCUCAACAACAGUAUGACCAGCCUGCUGGAGGACGCCAACAACAAGGCCAAGGAAUUAGAGGCCGAGGUCGAGAGGGCGACACAUUUGGCUGAGAAGAACGGCAAGAAGAUGGAAGAGUUGGAGGCUCAGCUCAAGGUCAAGGAAGCCGAGAUUGUGGAGGCCAAGGCCAACGCGGCGGGCAGAGGCAAGGGCCUCUCGAGUAGCAGAUUCGCCAGCCCAGAAAACAACGGCGACGAAGGUGCGGCAGACGGCAACGGCAACGUGGCUGAAGGUGAGGAUGACAUGAACGAUGCUGAAGGUGAAGACCAUUCUUCAGCAGCAUUAGCCUCGCUGAGUAAGGCGCGUACUUUGGCGAAGCAGAUUGAUACCCUCGAUAGAGAAAUGAGGGAUCGCAACUUGCAGAUGCUCAAGUCGAUAACCAACACGCAUCAAGCGACGUAA